AAAAAUAAAAUAAAACUAGACUUUUUGCUUUUGGAUGGGAUGGCAGAGUGUAUUGGUGUAUGUGCUUUUUUGUUCCAUUUUUUUUUUCUCUGCAAACGGUUUUUUUAACUUUUUAAUAUAUUUUGGUAUCUUUUGCGUCAUACGUAAGUUUUAUCCAUUGCCGUUAUUUUGACUUUUGGGGUGGCUAAGAACUUUGAGUAUAUAUCAAUAGUCCCUUAUUUUAAGUUUAUAACGUGAUUGAUGCCAAUUAAGGGAAAAGGGACAAAGAUAAAACUAGUAUUAUAUGAUAGGCAUCUUACCACUAGAAAAAAGAUAGAUUAAUUAUAUUCAAUUAAUUUCAUCAAAUUGGUGUUCCUUUAGAUGAGAUUCCUUGCAGUAUUUUUUGACUUUUCCAUUAUAGUUUACAUAUACCGUAAUUAAUCUUUGAAUAUAGUGACUGAAACACUUAUUAUGGUAUAAAUUUCAAAGAUAGGGAUCUUUGUUUGUAAGUGUCGAAGUGAAAGCAAACAAUUUGCAAUAAUUAAAAAUGACAAUUGACAAUGGUGGAACAAUAUAUAUUCGCCCCAAUGGGAUUGUUGCGAUACACCUAGUACAUACGUGAUAGUUUUUCUUAUUAGACUGGUAUAUAUAAUGAUCAAGCAAUAUAUUAUAAUUGGUCCUAAAUAGAAUGUCACAUCGCAGUAUUAACAUUAAACACUCUUAAUAUUUAGAGGCCUCUCAGAAAGUUUAACUGAACCUAUUGCUAUUGACUUGAACUAUAUCUCUAUAUAUAUGUAUGUCGCAAAUUUAUAAUACAUACAUAUAUUAUAAGAUUUCAUUUAUUAAACCCACUUUAAAUCUUACUUUCGCCUCUGUUUGUCUAGUUUGGGUGUUGCCUUUUUUUUUCCUUUUUUAUUUUUUUCCAACUAGCGAGCAAACUUAAUCAACUUGUAGCAUCCACCGAUACUAUCACAUUUGCCGUUUAACAUGUGAUUAGAUUAUAAUUUUGCAUGCGUUAAAGCAUAGAGAUACUUAAAAAUUAAGUCAUAAUCAACCCCUUAAGUAAUUACUAAAAGACUAGCUUAUCUCGAAAAUUGGACACUCUUUUUGUGUGAGUAAAGAGAAUUAGGACUCUGAACCUUGAUGAGAAAUUGUCACAGGAGUUUAGGAGAAUGCAAUAUUAUUUUCUUAUCCUUUCUUUUUGUGUGUGUUUUUAAUCCCCUAUUUUCAGAAUGACCCUAUCAGAGCGACUCAUUUACCUGGAGAAUAGUUUCUAUUUUAAUGAUUUUUCAAUUUUGCAAUGAAAAGACGAAUAGUUUUAGAUAUCUGCUAGCAUUGUGGAAGAAGAGGAAUCAAGUCAUGCAGUCGGAAAUCCAAUUAUUGGUCCUGCAUUCAGUCCUUAGGGUUGGUCUCCAUGUUCUGAUUCUGCCUCAUGAUAAUAGAAGUACCUCAGAAUGGGAACAAAACUCUUAUACGCCAAAAAUGCAAUAGCUAAUUCUCCAAACUACUAUUUCGCAGUGAAACAAUUGUAUAACUUGGGUGAUACUUUACACAAAGUUGGAUAUUCAAUGGAUAGGAUUGGUGAAUUGAAGAGUGUAGAAUCCAUCAAGAGGACAAUGCUCAUACAUGAAAACAUUUUCAAACAGCAGGUAAAGGAGCUCCACCGACUAUACAAUCUUCAAAGGAAACUGAUGCUAGAGUUGAAGAAUGAGAUGUCAAAGAUAGAUGAUCCAAGAGUAUUAUUAGACAAGUCUAUGAUCAACAUCUCUCAAAACUUGUCCACUUGGCAACAACAAUCCACAAGAGAAAUAGGGUUUAACAGUGUUCAUCUUUAUGGUUUAACAAUUGAUCAACAAGGGGAAAGAAGUGGCAGUUGCUCAGGUGAGAACUCAAGAAUAUUAAUGCCAGUUAGAGGAUUGAAUCUUGAAUUGCCUUCUGAUCAUCAAGAAGGAACUUCAACAAGUACUAUUUGUGCUAGUUAUGACCAUGCCAAGAUGAGAAAUAUUGAUGAGGAAGCAGAUGUGGAGCUAACACUAAGUAUUGGACCUAGCAAUAAUAAAAAGAGGUUAAAAAGCCAUAUGCAUAAAGAAAAGGAGAGAAAUUUUUCAGCUUCAGCCAAGUUAGAAAGAGGAGAAUGUACUGAUGGUAGCCCAGCUAGGAGCAGUUCGAGUGCAACAUUCAAACAAGAAAGUGCCUCUCAAGCUUAUUGGUUUUUCCAAGAUCUUAGUUUAAACAGAAGAUAGCCUAUAUUAACUUCCUUCUUUUUAAUUCUUUUGUAAUUAAUUUAUGGAAGCCUACUUGUUUCCUUUCAAAUGUUUCAAUGUGCGUACUUGAAUAGCUUUCUUUAAUACUUGUAUAUUUUAUCUAACCUACAAUCGGUAGGAAUAGAAUAGAGGAAAGAAGCAUUCUCUUUUUACAAACAU